UGUUUAAAAGCUGAUCGAAUUCUUUCAUAAGAACCAUGAAGGUUUCAUGCAAACUUUCGUGCUGUUUUGGGCUUUUAACAUCGUUGAUGUUGUUUUCAGUUGCAAGGUCUCAACUAAGCACUGAUUUUUAUUCAUCAACAUGCCCAAAUCUUUUGAAAAUCGUCCGUACAGAGGUCCAAAAAGCAAUCAUGAACGAAAUCAGAAUGGCUGCUUCUUUGCUUAGGCUGCAUUUCCACGAUUGUUUUGUAAAUGGCUGCGAUGCAUCGUUGCUGUUGGAUGGAAGUAAUAGUGAGAAGCUUGCAGUGCCGAACUUGAACUCUGCAAGAGGAUUUGAAGUAGUAGAUACGAUAAAGAAUGCUGUGGAAAGUGCAUGUGCUGGAGUUGUAUCAUGUGCUGAUAUACUAGCUAUAGCUGCCAGAGAUUCAGUUCUUUUGAGUGGAGGACCUGCAUGGAGAGUUUUACUUGGUAGGAGGGAUGGAUUAGUUGCAAAUCAGACAGCAGCCAAUGCAUCAGUGCUUCCUGGUCCUUUUGAUCCACUAAACACAAUCAUUGCCAAGUUUGCUGCUGUAGGCCUUAACGUGACAGAUGUUGUUGCCUUAUCUGGUGCACAUACCAUUGGCUUAGCAAAGUGCGCCGUGUUCAGCUCAAGGUUGUUCAACUUCUCCGGCACUGGUGCUCCAGAUGGUACAAUGGACACCAGCAUGGUGUCUGAUCUGCAAAGCCUUUGUCCUCAAACUAGCGAUGGAAACAACACAGCCCCGCUAGAUAGGAAUUCCAGGGAUUUGUUUGACAACCAUUACUUUCAAAACUUGCUCAGUGGCAAGGGACUGCUUCAAUCUGACCAAAUCCUAUAUUCUAGUGAUGCAGCAGCAUCGACCACCAGAAGUAUCGUUGAAAAUUAUAGCAAAAAUUCUGUACUUUUCUUCAAUGACUUCGUGAAUUCCAUGAUCAAGAUGGGCAACAUAAGCCCAUUGACUGGUUCAAGCGGACAGAUCCGGAAGAACUGCAGAGUUGUUAACUCGUAGAUUUGCUUGUUUGUAACCCAAUAGUAUCAAGAACUAGCAAAAAUUUACUCAGAUUUUAAGUAGUAAAGCAGCCUGUUAAUCGAAACUCUUGCUUUGUAACAUUUCAUUCACUCUUUAAUACUGUAAACUAAUGUUCUACGGUUGUGAUUUAUGAUGUCUUUUGGGCAUUUACUGCCCCUAGUUAUUGGGACAAUCGGCUCUUGCCCUCUUUCCUCCCCAGUCUAGAUCUUUUCAUAGUGCCAACAAGAAGUAAUCCAAGGUAAUCAGUAUUAUGAAAUCUGCCAA